GCAAUGGGCGGAAACCUCACAGAGGAGUCGGCGAACCAGAUUAGUGACGGUAGCCCUCCCGAUCCCAGCUCCGAGCGGGACCAUGGGCAGCCCCACAAACAACAAGAACAGCAGCAGCAGCAACAAGAACAGCAACAAGAACAGCAACACCGUCAACACCAGCAUCACCGUCAGCAUCUACAUAAUCCCAAUAAUAAUCAUAAUCACAAUCCCCGCCACCAGUCGACCAAGCCUGCCGCCGCCAAAACACAAGACCGUCAUCAGCAACCAGCAGUAUGGUCUUGGCUGAAUGCACUCGGGGCUGAUGGUACUCGCAUGGUGACUCCAUCCUACCCGUGUAGUCCCCCGACCCACGUGCCAGCAGAUUCUCCCGACUUUGGCACCAGCACCAGCAGCGUUCGUCGACCACCCUUCGUCCGCCGGCGUUCGACAUUACCUACCGAUGCAGCCGUGUUAGCUCAGGAGGGCAGUUCAGCCAAUGCUUCAAGAACCAAUCUCGCUUUCGACCCAAGGCAACUAAUCAGUACUAGUGGUGUACUUUUUGGCGUUUCCGAACUUUUUGACUGGCGACCUCCCCACGUGGAUGCUUCUCACGCUUGCGUCAAAUGUCAUACAACCGAGACACCGGAGUGGCGCAACGGCCCGGGAGGCCCUGGUACACUAUGCAACGUCUGCGGCUUGGUGUUUGCAAAGAAACGCGCGCGCAGAGAUAGAGACUCUUGGUCUCUGGAUGUCAACAACGCACGCGGGGGCUGUUAG